GAUUCCAUGUGGUCACGGAGUUUGGGGUUGGGAGGGUGACCCGGAGGGAGGGAAAUGUCCUGUUCUCUCUGGAGGCCCUGUGACUUGCUGAGUCACUUCCUCUGUUCCACCUGUCUCUGCCAAUCUCCGAGAAGGAGAAAUGACACUGGAGAGGCAGAGACAAGUGACUGCAGAGACAGAGGAGUGGGUGGGCUGGCCCAUGGCUGAGGCCUCGCUCCCGGACCUGAGGGGACAUACCGAGGCCACUCCUUGUCCCAGUGUCCUGGAACUGGAAGAGCUCCUGAGGGCAGGGAAAAUUUCUUCUUGCAGCCGAGUGGAUGAAGUUUGGCCCAACCUUUACAUAGGAGAUGCGGCCACGGCAAAUAACCGCUUUGAGCUAUGGAAGCUGGGCAUCACCCACGUGCUGAACGCCGCCCACGGGGGCCUGUACUGUCAGGGCGGCCCUGACUUCUACGGCAGCAGUGUGAGCUACCUGGGAGUGCCAGCCCACGACCUCCCUGAAUUCGACAUCAGCGCCUACUUCUCUUCCGCAGCCGACUUCAUUCAUCGUGCGCUCAACACACCUGGGGCCAAGGUGCUGGUGCACUGUGUGGUAGGUGUGAGCCGCUCUGCCACGCUGGUCCUGGCCUACCUCAUGCUGCGCCAGCAGAUGUCCCUGCGCCAGGCGGUGGUCACCGUGAGGGAGCGCCGAUGGGUCUUCCCCAACCGAGGCUUUCUCCACCAGCUCUGCCAACUGGACCAGAAGCUGCGGGGUGCAGGCCAGAGCUGAGGGGCCAGACCUGGUCCUCACUUCCUGCCACAGGCGUCUGAGGCUUUGCCACCCUGGCACUGGCCCUGCUGGUGCUGCUGGAAGCCCUGGCCCCC